AUGCGUUUCUUCAUCGCCGCGUCCGCUGCUCUCGCCACCACCGCUGUUCAAGGCGCUGCAAUCACUUCCCGCGACAAUACUUGCCCUAAGGCGGCCCGAAACUUGCUUGGAUGGCCCCAGUACGUUCCGUACAAACUCUGCUGUGCCUACAAUGUUCUAUGGGGCCAAUGCUGCCAACUCGACGGAAGCGUACAGUAUACCCUUGGAGACAAGCCGGUCAGGAAAUGUACCCCCGAUUUCGUCACCGACGGCAGUUCCUAG